GUCGCGGCUGCAACCCGCAGGUUCCACCUGGUCCAGGCUGACCUGCCCGAUGUAUACAAGAAAGCACGGACAUCGCUCAAGCAUUGUGAGCUUAGCAGGCGCAGCGUACAAUUGUGCCUGGACAUGCUUCCUAGGAUCGAAGAGGGUGCUGCCGAGGCAUCUGAACGUGCACGCAUGCUGUACGAAGACACGAUCUCCGCGGCCGUCAUGCUCUUUCAUGCGAAGGGUGCCGCUCACCAGCUUCGGCCUCCGACAAAAGGCGAGCACAUCGCCAUUGGCCGUGCUGCUGAAGCCGCCCCGCUGGAAGGGGCCUCCUUCGUGGAUGACGAUGUGAUCGAGCAGCCUGCGCAAGGUGCGCAGAUAUACGGGUGUGAGCGGUGCGUGGAGCUGGUGGCAUCGAAUUUCCCUGGCAUGCUAUUCCACGAGUGUGUGUCGAAGAAGGGCACGGACUCACAGUUCUCCGAUAAUUUGGGUUCAGUGUUCGACGCGGGGGACGAGGUUGACGAGGGUCAGCCCAAGGAGGGCAUGGAUGUCACAGAGCAUGUAUCCCUGCAGGCGGUCCUCGAGGAGACUUACGAGGUACACACUACCGCCUCGCGCACGAAGAAGUUCGGCAAGAACCCGAAGGCGAUGAAGAUACGGCCCAUCAAGUUUCCAGACUCCCGCGGCAAGAUCAAACAAUAUUUCCCGAUACCAUCAACUGAUUUCCGCAAGUUGCGGUUGAUGUCAAUUGUUGGCAACAGCGCGAAGACCGUGAAGAUGAAGGGGACCAAGCUGUUCGAGGGCCACGCUGGCAUGGCGUUGACGACGCAGUCCAACAUAUCUAUCAGCAAGUACCAGCUCGACUCGAUCAAGAAGACUGCGCCCGUCGAAGUUUUGGAAUACAGGGCGAGACUGCAGGUGCAGGCCCGAUCCCAGAGCGCGACGCCCGCGGGCGCCAAGGGCAAGGGCACCAAGGCCAUCAAGGACGGGCACUCCCUCGAGGCCAUCGAACUGGACGAGGCCGACGAGAUAGAGGAGCUCUUUGGCAACAUGGCCAAGCUGUACUCUGAGCACCCCAUGGCGCCGAAGGAUGAAUGCGCGCGGAUUUGCAGUGAGACAGAGAAGGUCGGCACAUGCGCUUAUUGGAUCAAGAGGCUUCCUUUGGAAUGCAUUGCUGCGUCAUCAUCUUUCAAGUUCUUGCAUGCCGUAUCGCAGUCUGAGAUCUUGAAGCCGAAGAUAGACAAGUUCGAGCGCGACCAGCUGGAUGUUCAUCUGGGCCUUGUCACCGACGCCAAGCAUUUUCCAGAUGGCAAGCUGAUGCUUCUCAGCUGGGACCAAGUCCUUGCGAAGAUCCAGCACCUCAAGAAAGCGGAGGUUGACUGGCUAGCCGAGACCAGGAUAUCAAUUCUCAAGGCCUACGUGAAGCAGUACGCGGAUAAGAUCGAUGCUGACAAGGACGUGGUGCAGAGUAUUGGCAAAAUCGUGCAGGCAUUCGCCCCCUACGUAAAUGGCACUCUCCCCGACUACGACCCUGAAAUGCCUUCACUGUUGACGUCCAGGUUGCCAAUGGCGGAGAUGAAGUCACUCUUCUUAUCCUCAGGUUUUUUUGGCCUCCUGCUGGGCUGGAUUGAGAGCGCUGACGCGAAGGAUGACCUUGUGUUGGAGCUGCAAGAUGUCAUCGUGCGCACUUGGAAUGUGACCGAGGACACGGCCAUGACAACCGAGUGCGCGCAUGCGAUGCAGGACACCAAGAAGGCGUUGGCCGUGCUCGCAGCCAGCGUCCAGAAGAGCUUGCAGCUGAACACGCCAGUCAGCGUCUUCGACGACGUCAAGCGGCUGCAGGAGGAGGGGCUGAAGACGGGCAAGGCGACGUUGUCUGUGUUCCAGGUCAUUGGACAAGCAGUCGAGAGGUCGCCGUACUGGAGCAAGUUGAUCGGCAACUUCGGCAAGUCUGCAAAGCCUUUGAAGAGCAGCGCCCCCCAGCUGCAGGAACACAUGAAGACGACGAUGGCCCUCAAAGACGAAGGCCCCAGCGUGGAGGCGCGCGAGAGUCUGUCGAUCAUUGUCCAGGCGGUCCCCGAGUUCAACGCAACCGUCGGCCAGAGCCACGUUCUCGAGCUCGACGGGAAGCUCGCCGUGACCAUCGCAGCUCACGCCACCAAGCUUGCGACGCUCGCAGCCGAGGCUUCCAAGGCGGACUCAGCGGAUACGAAGUUCGACGGCGCCAUCGAGGCAUACACUACCUUGGUGCAGAAGGCGCUGUCCAACUGUUCCCACAACGACGACCUCGUCCGAUCCCAGAGUGCGCUGGCGGCCACGGUGCGCGAGAUCUCGCAGAUGAAGAGGGCCAGCGACCUCAGCCAGAAGUUGAACGACUUCAGCACCACCGACGCGAUGGCGUCCAGCACGAUGCAGGACUACUUCAAGCAUCUCACGCUGCCCUCUGGCGACGAGGCGUCGCGCGAGUUGGUCUACAACACGUUUGUCAAGAUCGUGGCGCACCCGCGGUGGCGUGAGUUCGACGGCAACGACGAGUUCAAGCACAUCGAUCUGCUCAAGGCGAUGGCCCCGCAUGCCCCGCAGCAACACACCUCGGCAUGCGCUGCAUUGGUGGACCUUCUCGUGUGCGUAGGCGACAUGAACGAGGCGAGGACGGCCGUGGAGAAGCUUGGCGAUUCUCCGCAGGAGAUUGCGACGUCGAAUGGCUGCGAGAAGUUGUUGGUCCAGUUGGAUCGCCAGGUGCAGCGCUGCAGGACGCUCCUGGGCAAGAAGGUGAAGGGCUUCGACGAGGUCACCGCGGCGAGCAAGUCCACGUUCGAGGGUGCGAAGCAGUGCAUGCAGGAUGCCGCGGCCGCACUGGUGGCGAACGCUGCUGAGGCUGCGAAGUCACAGAUGAAGGCGUUGUGGGGCAAGUUCAAGAACAGCAACGGCCUGGAGGUGUUCGAGGACGGGGCUGCCAACGCCACGUGGAAGGAGACCAAGAAGAUCUGGGAGGCUGGCUUCAAGAACUGGGACCGCGAUGACGCGAACCUCGUGCUGCAGCAGCUCUGCAAG